AUGCCUAGAAGCAGACGAGGUAUUAAACGAAAAUUACCCAAUCAAACUGAUUUGGAGUGUACUGUCAAUGAAGUUCAAGGAAAUAGUCUAACAGUAUCAGAAGCUAGUUUGAAUAAAGAUACUUAUAAUUACACAUCCAACAUUAAUCACCGUCGAGUAUUCACAGUAGACGAAGAAAAAGAAUUAGUUGAAUACUUAAAAAUGUCUGCGAGGUUACAGUACAGUCUUACCAAAACUGACACUAGAAAAUUAGCAAAUCAGUUUGCAGUAAGUAAUGGUAAACAUGUGAAAGAAUGGGAUAAAUCUGAAGAAGCUGGCAAAGAAUGGAUGAGAGGUUUUUUUAGCCGCAAUAAUACACUAUCGCUCAGGAAGACUGAGCCUACUAGGAAUUCCACAGUCCAUGUACCUCCAAAAAUAAUUGCCACUAAGGGGAGUAAACAAGUUGGCUGUAUGACCUCAGGUGAACGGGGAAUAAAUGUUACCAUGAUUUGUGCUAUAAAUGCUGCUGGCAACCAUGUUCCACCCAUUAAAAAUUGA